CCCUGAACCGCCGCUUCGGCUCGCGGCCAUGGCUAUUUCCUUCUCCUCGCCUCGCUUCCACCUCCCCAACCCGACCCCGACCCCAAACCCCGGCCGCCGGCCGCGCCCGGCCCCACCGAAGCGCGAGACGCUCCGCCGCCGCCUCCUCCGCAAGGGCGUCUCCCCGACCCCCAAGAUCCUCCACGCGCUCCGCAAGAAGGAGGCCCUCAAGUCCCUCCGCCGCGCCAGGAAGGACACCGCCGCCGCAGCCGCAGCCUCCGAGGCGGCCGGCAAUGCGCUGCUGGGGGAGGAGGGAGCCCUGGCGGCGGAGGACGACGAGGCCCUCUUCCGCGCGGCCGCCGCCGAGUACCGCGCGCUCAUGGGCCGGCCGUGGGACGGCGGGGGCCCCUCGCGCGGGACCCCCCUGGAUGGCCAGGGCCUCGACGGCCUGCGUGAGAUGCUUGCCGCGAGGAGGGCUGACAAAUUCGAGUGGCUUCUGGACGAUGACGUCGAGGAGGAGGAGGGGGCGAUGGCGGCGGGGAGGCGAGGGCGUCUUGGCACUGGCUGGAGUUCUGAUCUUAGGGACGAGGAGAGGAGGAUUGAGUCGCUGGUGAGGAGGCUGAAUGAAGAUGAUCUAAGUAUGCGGGAUUGGAGGCUUACCAGACUGAUGAAAAAGGCUGACCUAAUAUAUAAUGAAGAUAAUCUACUGCAAAUACUGGAAGGGCUUGAGGCAAGGGGAAAUUGGAGGCAGGCUUUAUCUGUUACUGAGUGGGUGUACAAUGAGAACAAUUACAAGCAUCGAAAAAGCAGGUUUGUAUAUACAAAAUUACUAUCAAUCCUUGGAAAAGCAUGGAGGCCAAGUGAAGCACUUCGAGUUUUCACCAUCAUGCGGGGUGAUGCUCAAAUAUACCCUGAUAUGGCUGCAUACCAUAGUAUUGCUGUUACACUUGGUCGAGCUGGCCUUCUAAACGAGCUAAUAAAGAUUAUAGAGUAUAUGAAACAAAAGCCUUCAAAAAGGGUAAUGAAGACGCGGCGCAAAGACUGGGAUCCUUUCUUGGAGCCAGAUGUUCUUGUUUAUAACUCGGUCCUUAAUGCAUGCGUUCUAUCACAGCAGUGGAAAGGGGUGUUUUGGGUGUUUCAACAGAUGAGAAUGAAUAAUCUGACACCUACAGGGGCAACAUUUGGGUUAGCGAUGGAGGUCAUGCUUAAAGCCAAGAAGUAUGACUUUGUCCAAAAGUUCUUUGAGAAGAUGCAAAAAAAUGGUGUACCUCCAAGAGCAAUAACUUAUAAAGUGCUAGUGAGAGCCUUCUGGGAACAAGGUAAAGUGAAUGAAGCAGUUGAAGCUGUGAAGGACAUGGAACACAGGGGAGUUGUUGGAACUGCAAGCGUUUACUAUGAACUAGCUUGUUGUCUCUGCAAUAAAGGAAGGUGGAGAGAUGCUUUGUUACAGGUUGAGAAGCUAAAACAGCUUCCGCUGACUAAACCACUGGAGUUUACAUUUACUGGCAUGAUCUUAGCCUCUUUUGAUGGUGGAUAUAUUUUUGAGUGUAUCUCAAUAUUCGAGUCAAUGGAAGGGUACUGUACUCCAAAUAUUGGUACAAUAAAUGUCAUGAUAAAAGUAUAUGGACGUUGUGAUAUGUUUGGGAAAGCAAGAGACUUGUUUGAAACCACCAAAAUCAAUUCCCCUUGUUCAAACCAUUCACCACAUAAAGCAGAUGCAUAUACAUACAGUUCUAUGCUUGAAGCAGCUGCAUCUGCCCAACAGUGGGAAUACUUUGAAAAUGUGUAUCGAGAAAUGACUCUUUCUCCUCACCACUUAGAUCAACGCAAAUAUUCGUGGAUGCUCGUCAUGGCAUCCAAAGCUGGGAAGUCCUAUUUACUGGAACAUGCACUGGAUUCAAUACUUGAAAGAGGAGAAACCCCCAAUGUACAGUUAUUUAGUGAGAUGAUAUGCCAAACUAUUGCUCAAAGUAACUAUGCAAGGACACUUCAUCUAAUGAAUAUUAUGAAUGAGGCUUCAACUGAUCUCAGUGAACUUCAGUGGAGCAAGCUACUUGAGCAAAAUAUGCAUCGAUUUAGCGUGAAUGCUUUGAGUGAUCUUUUAACGUACCUCAGUACCAGCGACAUCAUCAAAUCAGAUCCUGCACUUAGUUUUGUAAGGGCAUUGCAAUCACAAUGUGAGACAACUUUUGUGAAAGACACUUCUUUUUUGGCUGAUGGUUCCAAAACUGGACAGUCUCAACUAUCUCUUCCUGCGAAUAUAGUCAAGUCUUCAAAUAGCAAUAUGAUGGAGCCAGAUCAGCUUUCUUCCAUGAAUUCACUGAAUAUGCGUCCUGAUGAGAAAGUUAACAGUGAGUUGUCUGAUUACCUUAUGGAUACCCCACAAUUUGGUGCUAAUGCUGGCUUGAGCGGGGACAUUGUUAUAGGUUCACAUUUUGAGAGUAAACAGAAUGAACAACAUGAUCUUGGGUAUCUGGGGACAGGAGUAUCUGCAGUUGAUGAAGUACUUGAUUCGAUGAAUUUGUAUGGUGAUGGUUCAUAUGGAGAGAUGCCGUUGGCAUCAGAAAUUCUUGAAUUUUGGGAGCAGGAGAGGAUAAAUGACAUGUUUUCUGCUAAAAAGGCUGAACCACUAUGAGAGGAUAGGUGAUCUGUCAAGUGAGGUUUGAAGCAGUUAGUGUAAUUCUGACAUCAACAGUAACCAAAUUAGUAGUGAAUACUAAAAAUCCAUGAAGUCC